AUGGAUUUGCCGACAACGUAUCAGACGCCCAGCCUCGGCGACGAAGAGUUUGACCUGCCGCCGCUGCUGUCGGAGGGCGCCGGCCAGCAGAACAACAUGUACCCCACCAUGGAGAUGUCAGCGCCCAUGACGUCAACGGUGGACACGAUGACGUCAGUGGGGUACCAACAUCACAAUCACCAGCCGGCUCAGCACCACCCCAUGUUCUAUCGACUGGACAGGGAGCUGUACCAGCCGGGCGCGCCGGGCCUGCCGCCGCCGCAGCCGCCGCCGCCGCGGCCGUACCCGCCGGCCGCGCCGCAGCCGCACCCGGGCCUGUACGCGCCGCACGAGCUCAUGCUGCACCACCGCGUGCGGCCGCCCAUCUACCAGGGUCACGGCCUGAUGGGUCCUCCAGCCACCGGCUCACCAGGGCGGAUCAACAACUCGCCGGGGCACACGACCAGCGAGGACAGCAGCGACGACUCGACCUCGCGCGCUCAGUGGAUGCGCGGCGAGCGACCGUCUCCUGAGCCCGCCCAAAUCGAUAUGACCAGCAUGAAGCCUGCCAAGAAGCCCAGGGUCACGAGAAAGAGGAAGAAACGGGACCCCAACGAGCCUGAAAAGCCCGUGUCGGCAUACGCUUUGUUUUUCCGCGACACCCAGGCGACCAUCAAGGGUCACAACCCGAACGCCAGUUUUGGAGAGGUCAGCAAGAUUGUUGCCUCCAUGUGGGAAGCGUUGGAGACUGACAAUAAAAAUAUGUACAAGAAGAAGACAGAGAACGCGAAGAAAGAGUACCUGAAGGCAUUGGCGGCGUAUCGGGCUAGUCUGAUUUCAAAGAACAACACGGAGGAGCCGCGCUCCCCCAGCCUAUACGCCGGCUACGGCGGCUACGGCGGUGGCGCCGGGGCCUGGCUACGCCAACGGCGGCUUCCCGACGCCGUACUCGCGGCCGACGGCGCCGCCAGGCGCCCAGUCGGCGCUGGCCAAGAAAUCGCCGCUGCUCAGCUCUCUGAUGAGUGACGGCCGCCAACAGCAGGACUCGGCCGGCAGCCUGAUGCCGCCUCCGGCCAUGUACCCGCCGCCCCAGGGCAUGCUGGGUCAGCCGCGGCUCGGGCCCG